GGAAGCGACAAUGAUGAGUUGAUGCAGCUGACAGCAGGGAACUGGACUUUGCUUUUGUUUUAUGGCUCUGAGCUGCUUCUACGCCCAGUGAUCACUUUGUUAGCUGGGAUCCGCAGUCGCCGCUGUUCAUCUUGCACUAUAGUCAGAGGACAAAAGCAGAGACACAAACAGACCUCUCUUUUCAGUUCUUUGUGAAGAUGUCUAGGUACCACAAAGCAGCGGCUGACGGUUAUUUGGACCUACUGAAGGAGGCCACGAGGAAAGACCUGAACACUGCCGAUGAAGAUGGCAUGACCCCCACCCUGCUGGCUGCUUUUCACGGACACGUCGACGCUCUUCAGCUCAUAUGCAGCAGAGAAGGAGAUCCCAACAAGAGUGACAUCUGGGGGAACACGCCGCUCCAUCAUGCAGCCUCAAACAACCACAUGCACAUCGUCAGCUUCCUGGUCAACUUCGGCGCCAACCUCUUCGCUCUGGAUAAUGACUUCCACACAGCCAUGGACGUGGCGGCGUCUCACGGCCACAUGGAAAUUGUGCGGUUUCUGGAUGGCGCUACUUCAAAGCAGACCAAUCAAAAUUCGAGAAAGGUUGCCAACUUGAAGAAGGAGGCUCAGAAAGAGGCAGAGAGGCGAGUGAAGCUCUGCGAAAAGGUGAAGAAGAAGCAUCAGAGUAAGAUGGAUAAAAUGAACAGAGCAUCAGGCAGUUUUGAUAAUGACAACAUGGGAUCGGCCGAAUCUGCAGAUGGAAACAUGACUGGAGUCAAUGAGCAGUUCUCCAAACUGAUUGCUGCAGAAAAAACCGGGUCCCUUACAGCCAGGGUCAAAGGGACACUGCAGAAGAGGCUCGGAAUGAAAGACAAGGGCACUUUGCAGAAGCCAGGAGAUCAAAAUGUUAUCUACGGCAAACAGGAAAAUGGAGCUCCUGAUAAGCCAGAGUUUCUCGGUGUCUUCAACGAACAGGACGAAGACAUGCUAGAAGAGGAAGGGAUGAAAGAGUUUGAUGAGGACGACGAUGAAGAAUCAGGAAAAGUCCAGCAAUCCAUCUUCAACCGACCUGGCCUCGGAGGUCUGAUUUUCAUGAAGAAGAUGAACAUGGAUGCAGAGGACAUGCCCAGCGGGAACAACGAAAGCCUCGGCUACCUCGUUCAGAAUCAGCUGUUUGAGGGGGAGGAGAACGCCGCCGGUGAUGGGGAGGAUGAUGACGAUGACCUUAAUUGGGAUCAGGACGAUUUGGGACUUGAUGACGAUGAAGACAAGGAGAAUUCUCCUUUGGAAGUGUUCUUGUCUGCCAUCUCCCUGCCACAGUUCACGGUUGCGUUCAGUCGAGAGCAUCUGGACUUGGAAGGGCUUCUGCUUUGCUCUGAUGAUGACCUGAAAAGCAUUCGUAUUCAGUUGGGACCCAGGAAGAAGAUCUUAGAUGCUGUGGCUCGGAGGAGAAAGGCAAUCGAGGGCCCUGGUGUCAUGAAGGACAGCUCCUUAUGAUCUAUGCAUGUGUGUUUGUGUCACUAUACCUGAUACUCUCUUUGAAAGAUACAUUUCACUGACAUGGAAAUAAGUAUUUCAUUUGUUAAGACCUUCAUAAAUUAACAUAGUAAAAAACACACUUGAUUCUCAUGUGGGUUAAUAAUCUAAAAAUGUACAGAUGUUCUUGUUGAAAAUUUGUAAGUGCAUACAUUUAUUAAUCAAAAAUAGGACUUAUGCGGUUUACUUCUUGCAUGUUUUUCUUCUCUUUUUGUGCUUUGACAAUCUUAAAACAUAAUUUAAAAUAAAAAAUGUGUAUCCUAUUUCUGCUUUUAUUCAUUGGGUACAUUUACCCAAAUAAUAUUUCCUUUGAAAUUAUUUUAAACUCUUAACUGUUUUUUUUUUAACUCAAAUAAAAAAGACAAAGAAAUAAACACA